AGGAAAUGCAGGCUGAGAACAUGGAAUUAGAGAACGAAGUGUCUGAGUCAACUACUCGGACAAGAGAUAGCCAAGACUGGUUGUAUCCAGAACUCUUGUCCGAGGAAAAACUUGUACAGAUUCUCAGACAGAGAUAUAUCAGACACACAGAUUUAACACAACUAGCCAAAGAACAGUUGGUUGAUCUGUACUAUAAAUACAUCAUCCCUCUGCCCCAGAGAACCUACAGGAACAACCGCCGGGGACGGGAAAUGACAAAAAGACAGAUUGUUCAGGCAAAGAAAAGAAAGAGCAGUCUGACUGAAGUUGGGAGUCCUGAUAAAAAGAAGGUGAAGAGUGUGGGCAGUGAAUCUCGUUUCCUGACCUCCUUUAACCUUCCGUCAUCAGGCUCAGGGGAACGGAUCAAGCCACCCCCGUCAUGUAUUAACUUUGAAAAGAAAAAGAUCAAGCUUAGCUCUAGCAGCACUUCAUCCAAAGCAGGAACAGUGACAAAAUUAUCAGAGGAGAAGACAAAAACAUCUAUAAAACUAAAGCAAAAUGGAGGUAAUUCAGAAAAGAUUGACAAUUCAGAAUCAACCAAAGCAACAGAACAUACAAAGUCAACGUCCUCUCCAGAGAAGAGGACUAUUAAACUGAUAAAUAACUUGUCUUUAUCAACAUCAGAAGCAGAUGUCAAGAAAAGUAAAGUAAUUAAAGAUAAUGCGCAAGAAGAAAAAACUCAAGACAAACAAGAGGCAAUGGACACUUCCUCUGAGAGCUCCUCAAAGAAAACUUUUAAAAUGAAGAAGGUUUCAUGGCCUUGAAAUGAACAUUCAGUAAUUAAUGAUAUAUUUUAGUUUAAAAUGGAUAAAUUGAACAAUGAAUUAAAAUGAUUACAUGUAAAUUA